AGCUCCAUCUAACACCGACUCACCGCUGCAUCUUCUACCGGCAACGUGGCAGCACUCAGCUCUGCAAAGUUUCCCUUUCCCACAUGACACCUAGUACCUACUAUCCGAGGAUCCGUUAGUCAUGUGGAAAUAAAGCAGAAACAAGGAUGUGUUUUCUGUCUCAGUGAUCCUAAACAUGGACGUGAUCUCCUCUCCAGCAGUCGUCAGCUGUCAGCCUGCUCAGGGCGGGAUCCCGUGUUUACUGUAAGGACAUGAAGCGUUCUGCACACCCUUUCUUUGAGUGCUGUGCUUGUGUUUUGAAAGGCUGAUCCUGUGAGGAGGGGGUCCUCAUGGAUCACAGAGGUCCCCCCCGGAAUGACUCUGGCCGUCACUCCCAAAGAUCCAAAGACAGAGAGGAUUACAGGUACCCUCAGCAGGACAGGGAGCAGAGCCACACCCCAGCCCCCCUCCCCAGAGAGAGGGACCGGCACUGGGCUCAGGACCCCCGCUACAGGGCUCAGUUCAGCAGCCCUCCUGCCAGAGCGGAGCCGUAUCCUCACAACAACCAGCAGUAUCCUUAUGGCUACACUCUUCCGGAACACCAGAGAGCCCAGUCCAGGCAUGGGUAUGACUACCCCCCCCAUGGCCACUGGGACUACAGAGAUCACUAUGGUUACUAUGAGCAGGACUACUACAGAGGACAGCAGGGACCACAAGAUGCUGGACAGUGGGGGCCCCAAGACCCCUGGAGAACGGGCCCUUCUCAAGACAGAACAAACAAGCAGGAACCCUCAGGGAGCGCCUACAGCGAGGAGCACAUAUAUGACCACGGCAGAGAAAACCCCCAGCAUCACCUCAAUGACUACGAGGAUAACAAUCCCUCCAGAGACAACGAAGAGCUUUCCUCCUAUUACCAGGGGACGUUAGAGAGCUCCAAACACUCCGGCCUAUCCUCCAGCAGCUACGAGCUGAGUCAGUACAUCAACGGAGCGGACCCCAGGGAGGCGGCCCCUCAGUCCCUCCUCACAGCUGGUCACUCAG